GCUCUCCAUCGGGCGCGUCGCCGUCUCUGCGUGCGCGUCCCCGAGAAAUAUAAAGAAAAGAGGAAAAAGAGAGAGAGGUAAACCUGCCGUGUUCUUCCUCUGCUGCAGUGUCUGAUUAUCCCUCCACCAUCUUCAUCAUCACCGCCAUCAUCAUCCUCCUCUCCCUCCUGUCUGUGUGUCUGCGCCCCCCUCGCCCCUCCUCCUCCUCCUCCUCCAUCCCGCUCUCCGCCAGUGAAGGCACGGCCAGCUAUCACGGCGACAAAAGAGAGAGAGAGAGAGAGAGAGAGAGCGUGAAGGAGGCUGCAGACUUUUCGACCAGAGAGGAAGAGGAGAGGAGGAAGAAGAGACAGAGGCAGAGGAGUCUCCAUCUUCGCCAUGUCAAUCAUGACUCUGGACGGCGGCCUCUGAAGUUCUGUUUGGUGUAAAGACUCACUACAUGACCAGUGCCACACCGAGCUCUGACCAGAUGGAGCUGAAUGUGGUUAAAAAACGCCAUCGCACGCGAUCCAAAGGAGUCAGAGCUGCCGUGGAAGCCGUAACACAGGAGUUGUUCAGCUGUCCCACCCCAGGCUGCGAUGGCAGCGGUCACGUCAGCGGGAAGUAUGCCCGACACCGCAGUGUCUAUGGCUGCCCGCUGGCCAAGAAGAGGAAAGCUCUGGAAAAACAGCCACUGGAGCCUGCUGCCAAGAGGAGGCCCUUCCUCACCUCCUGCCCGGGAGAGGAGGAGGAGGAGGAGGAGGAUGCGAGAGCCUACACCAGUUAUGAGAUUGAAGCCAUGGAGGCGGGAGAGGAAGGCAAGGAGCAGGGGGAAGUAGCAGAGGAGGGCGAGGAGGAAGAGGAGGGGGAGCGAGAAGGGGAUGAAGACGGAGAUGUGGAGGACGAGUUCUCAGAAGACAACGAGGAGCAGGGGGAGGACGAGGACGAGGACGAGGAGGAUGAAGAGGAGGACGUAGAGGUGGAGAGAGCAGUUACGACAAUGGGAGGUGAACGGGCGGAGGAGGAGGGGAUGUACGAGGAGGAGGAAGAAGUGGAGGAUGGAGAUGAUGAGGAGGAGCAGGAGGAUGAGGGAGAGGAAGACGACCAAGAGGAGGAGGAAGAGGAGGAGCAGAAUCGUCAGCAUGCAGAGAACCACUACAAACCCAGUGGACAAUCAAAGCUCAUUCCAAUUCUGAAGGACGACAACAACAACAACAGCUGCACCGUCAGCGCCGGUAACGGCACCGGAGAGGAGUACGAGAACUACGACGAGCUGGUCGCUAAGUCGCUGCUCAACCUGGGCAAGAUCGCAGAAGACGCCGCCUACCAGGCCAUGACCGAGUCCGAGAUGAACAGCAACUCUUCCAACAGCGCCGGGGAAGAUGAAGAUGAUGAUGACGAUGACGGUAGCGAUCAGGGGGACGGGAAGGGCGAGCUGAGCGUGGACCUGGACAGCGAUGUGGUCAGAGAGACGGUAGAUUCGCUGAAGCUCCUCGCGCAGGGUCACGGCGCCAUGCUGCCCGAGGACGGGUACCCCGAGGGUGCCAUGGUGGAUGGUGGCCACCAUGCCAACGGGAGGCCUGGCGUGGGCGUUAGAGUUCAGGCGGACGAGAGCGAGGAGGAUGUGUGUCUCAGCAGUCUGGAGUGUCUGAGGAACCAGUGCUUCGAUCUGGCUCGGAAACUGAGCGAGACACAGACGUCUGAUCGCCCCGCCCUCCACCACCAGCUUCCAACAGACCAGCAGAUGAUGCAUCACCUGAACAGGUACGACAGCUGCCAGCAGGGUGCACAGGGGGAGCCCAGGUGUCUGGAACGCAACUACUCUGACAUGGCGAACCUGAUGAAACUGGAAGAGCAGUUGAGCCCAGCAUCCAGAGGUUAUCCAACCAGCUGCAGCCAGGAGGGCGAUGAAGAUACCACUUCGGUGGCCUCUGACCGCUCAGACGAGACCUUCGACAUGGCCAAGGGAAAUCUGUCGCUGCUGGAGAAGGCCAUUGCCCUGGAAUCAGAGAGGGCAAAGGUCAUGAGGGACCGCAUGGCCUCAGAGCACACGUUUCCUCGCCGGGAUCACCAUCAUCACCAUCGUGGCCACGGCGAGCAAAGCCCGAGGCUGAACAGCGCUGGCGAAGAGCGCAAGUCCAGAGCGCAAAAUGACGGGUUGAAGAGGGCUUACUAUCCUAAAGACUCUUCAAGAGGGGAGAAGAAGGAGAGUAAGUGUCCAACGCCGGGUUGUGACGGGACUGGUCACGUGACGGGUCUGUACCCACACCACCGAAGCCUGUCCGGGUGUCCUCACAAAGACCGAGUCCCGCCUGAGAUCCUUGCCAUGUAUGAAAAUGUUUUAAAGUGCCCCACUCCCGGCUGCUCUGGACGGGGUCAUGUCAAUAGCAACAGGAACUCGCACCGCAGUCUGUCUGGCUGUCCCAUUGCUGCAGCAGAGAAGAUGGCGAAGGUCCAUGAGAAGAGCCACUCGACCGACAGCGGCAGUAAAACCAAUCAGACGUCAGACCGCGUCCUCAGGCCGAUGUGUUUUGUCAAGCAGCUGGAGAUUCCUCAGUAUGGCUACAAAAACAACGUUCCCACCAGCACGCCGCGAUCCAACCUGGCCAAGGAGCUCGAAAAAUACUCCAAGACCAGCUACGACUACACCGGCUACGACAGCCAGCACGGCGGCUACGGAAAGAGAGGCCCCACAGCCAAGUCCCACCAUGGGCGCGACACCUCCCCAAAGGGAUACGACGCUAAGCGCUACUGUAAGACUUCCAGCCCGGCCAGCAGUACGACCAGCAGCUACGCUCCCAGCAGCAGCAGCAGCCUGAGCUGUGGAGGUGGUGGAGGUGGAGGAGGAGGAGGAGGAGGAGGAGGAAGCAGCGCCAGCAGCACCUGCAGUAAGAGCAGCUUCGACUACACCCACGAUAUGGAGGCGGCCCACAUGGCGGCCACGGCCAUCCUGAACCUGUCGACGAGGUGCAGGGAGCUCCCGCACGCCCUGGGAGGGAAACCCCAGGACCUGCUGACACAGAGUCCGGUGGGCGAGCUGGACGACAGCGGAGCAGUGGACGGGGCCGGUCAGCCCGGCGGUCCGGAGGGAAGCGGGACGGUGUUAACCCCCCUGCAGCCGAUGUCGCCCCAGCGGCAGGCGCUGCUCAGCAGCCGCUGCUACCAGCUGAGCGAGGCCGACUGCUGGGACCUGCCCGUCGACUACACCAAGAUGAAACGGCUGGGAGAUGAGCAGGAGCAGAAAGAGAGCGACGAGCUGGACCCCUUCCAGGAGCUGCUGGACGAGCAGCGCUACCCGGCCCAGGUCACCAUGCCCAGCCCCAAACACCACAAGUACCCGCCCUGCAAGGAGAGCAAGAAGGAGCUCGUCACGUUGUCAAGUUGCCAGCUGGCCGACAAGAACAUCCGCGGGAUGAUGACGACCAACUCACAAGAACUCAAGUGUCCGACUCCCGGCUGUGAUGGAUCUGGACACAUCACGGGAAACUACGCCUCGCACAGGAGUCUGUCCGGUUGUCCACGAGCCAAGAAGAGUGGCAUCAAAAUCCUCCACAGCAAAGAGGACAAAGACGACCAGGAGCCAAUCAAGUGUCCGGUGCCAGGCUGUGAUGGACAGGGUCAUGUGACGGGGAAGUACGCCUCCCACCGCAGCGCGUCGGGCUGCCCCUUGGCGGCAAAGAGGCAGAAGGACAGCUACGUCAACGGCUCGCAGUUUGUCUGGAAAUCUGGAAAGACGGAUGGCAUGAGCUGCCCAACCCCGGGCUGCGACGGCUCGGGACACGUCAGCGGCAGCUUCCUGACCCAUCGGAGUCUCUCCGGCUGUCCCCGUGCCACCUCGGCCAUGAAGAAGGCCAGGAUGAACAGCGUGGAGAUGCUGACAAUCAAGCAAAGAGCAAGCAAAGGCAUUGAAAACGAUGAAGAAAUCAAGCAGUUGGAUGAAGAAAUCAAAGAUCUGAACGAGUCCAACAAUCAAGUGGAGUCGGACAUGAUAAAACUGAGGACACAAAUCACCACCAUGGAGACCAACCUGAAGUCCAUCGAGGAGGAGAACAAGGUGAUCGAGCAGCAGAACGACUCACUGCUGCACGAGCUGGCCAAUCUCAGCCAGUCGCUCAUCAACAGCUUGGCUAACAUCCAGCUUCCACACAUGAGACCGCUGCCACAGAAAGAGGCCCCAGUAAAGCAUAACUGCUGUUUACAGAUGCCUCCCAGAGAACCAAUGAAUGAACAGAACUUUGACACUUAUGUGAGUACACUGACAGACAUGUACACUCACCAGGACCAGUACCAGAGCCCGGAGAACAAGGCGCUGCUGGAGAACAUCAAACAGGCUGUUCAGGGUAUCCAGGUCUAGCCCUGACCGAGGCCAAAAUAACAAAUGCAAAGCAAAAACAACAACAACAACAACAAAAAGGUCAAAAAGAGGGGAAUCGGUUGUUUUUUGCUGCUGUAAUCUAUCAUAGUUAUGUUAUGCUUUCAACUCCAUGGGUAUCUCUUUUUUUAUCAUUUUGAUUGUUGUUGCCUUGCUUUGAAAAACAAUUGCCAACAUUUUAAACAAACAUUCACGUUUUGUACAUUUUCAUAUGAUCCGAUAUAAUGUGAUGUACUGUUUAUAGCUGCUAAUGUAUGCACAUUCUAGUGUAUAUGUAUGUAUUUAUUUAUUUAUUCAUCGUAAGCUUGAAUCAUUUUUUUAUCUUAAUGCGAUUUCCGUACCAUAAGAAAACUGGGCGUCACGGGUUUUACUGGGGAGCAGAGUGAAGAGCAAUCAUUUCCGAAAGGCUUUUCUCACGAGCUGUAAAGCUGGAGGUCGUUUAAAGGAUGUAAAUUCAUUCAUUUUUGUAACGUUUGAAAGUGUGGACACUAAUAUUACUGUAAAUCUUUAGCUAAAAUUAUGAGAAGAACCAAUGCUGUAAGCAAGAAGAUUUCAAACAUCAUGACACGGAAACUUACUGGUGCAAAUCCCAUCAUCCCCCUUCGGAGUUUGUUGCGUUUCAAACGGUCCUGUCCUGUUGCUUUUCUUUGUUCAUGCGGAGAACGAAGUGGAAAGACCAAUGGCUACAGAAAAUGUAGGAGACAAUCUGCCAUUCUGAAUUUCUUUUAAUCAUCAACCUUGAUUAGCUAACAGGAACAACGUGUCAGCAAUAUUGGUAUAACAUUAAAUCGUUUCUUUAGAUAUGGGAUGCAAUCUAUAUGAAAAAAUGUUUGGGUAUAUGCAAUUUCUUAUAAAUAAAGCUAGCAAAGAGCUGAUAGAUGUUUUUACUAACUAUAAAUGUAUUGCGUUUUGUAUAAACCUUUUACUACAAUCAUGUUUUAGGAAUCUGACGCGGGUGAAAGGACUUUGGUUCUGUCAUGUUUGACUUUGCACAGGGACACCUUUGUUUCCAUGUUUUGAUGUUUUUAUUGUUGAUCAAGAGGCAGGCGAAAGGAUUUGUAGAUAUGAUUUUUCCUUUCCAAAGGCUGAUGGCUUCACUGGACUUACAGGGUCAAACGUCCCCAUUUGUCAUUGUAUAUUGCACUCGUCCUGUAGAAAAUGUUUUUCCAAUCAUGCAUCUUAUUGUCUGAGCCACAAUGGGACAUGAUGCCAGACGACAUGAUGACCAAGCAGCACUUUUUUUUAUUUUAUUGUUCUUGAUUGUUAUUGAAAAGAUGAAUGAAAACUACAGCCAGCAGUUGUAUCGCGAUGUCUGUGCACUGAAUUUUACCGACUGAGUAUUCGAUCUGAAUCGACCUUACGAUGACAUUCAGUCUGAAAUCACAGCACUGAUGGAGUACGUUUUCUGAACACCGUCGAUCAUGCAUGCACUUUAUUGGAGUAUGUCAAAGUAUUAUUUAUCAUGUGGUAAAUGAAGCAAAAAACUGUACAGCGAGUUUGUGGAAACUGUGACUUUGACAAGACUUUGUGCUGGUGAUACCUGUUUGAAAGAAACCUGGAACUAAUUUCAGAGUUGACCUAUUUAAAGGAAAACUUACCCCUUACAUUGUUAACCGGAUUCACUUUAAGAUCCAGGGUCAGCUUUGAUGAAUUAGGCUUUGCGCUUUGGUCCCAUCUGGCUUUGUCUGCAUACCAGCAAUGGCCUGAUGACCUGAAGUGUUUAGAGUAAUCUGUUUCACCAAACUGACAUGAUUUCUCAAAAAUGGAAGAUAAAAUGAAAGAAAAUCUUACAGUAUCUAGGGGCAGCUCCUGCAUUCAAGAAAUACUUUAAACUGAUCUGGCAUACCAGAUUAAUGCAUCACAACUUUUCAUAGGGACUAGGCUACACAUUGGGUAGGAAGCAUGUUGAUGAAAACUCUCCAAGUUGAAAGGAUUAUCCAGAGUAACAGACCCAACAUAGAUUGCUUUCCUCCCAGUUCUAUUGGAAUGGAGGCAGAAAUAAAUCUUCACGAUAAAUCAAACAGACACUUGCCUGCAUGGGUAGUUACCAUUAGUGGUGUGGAGGAAGAUUUACUUUCAUCAUUUGGGUGACCUGACUGAUUAAGUUUUGGUAAAAGUGGUAAAAGAGAUAAAAAUAUAUAAAUGCAUCAAGAAUAUUUGCUAAGAAGACAUGAAAACGUGCCAUCUAUAGUUUAAAUCAAGGCCCACCUCUGAGGAGGGGACCUCUAAAACCUGACGUUUACCUGCUGAUGACUGAAACAUUUCUCUGCUAUCAGUCCAGUUUUCCACAGGAAGGCAAAAUAAACAAUGCUAACGGGGUUUUUUUUCUUUAAAGAUGUCUCUUCUUUGGAGUUUUGCUGCAAAGCCUCAUUCCCCGACUUUACAUCUCUGUCCAAAGCUUUGUGUCUGCAGCUUCCUGCCAGUAAAACUACUGCAUUAGAUAGACUGACAGCUUGUAUUUUUCAUUUAGUUAAUUAUUCUUACUGAUAACAAAGGAAAUGGGAGUUAAAGCACAAUUCUGCCACUUAAAGACAGUCAAUAGACUAGAUAUUGUAAUAUCAGAUGUAAAAGCUAAACUGUAACUAUUUACAUAGAGAAUCUCAACACUAACGUGAUAUGCUAGAAUGCAAAAGAAAUCCAUAUGAAUAUGUGAAAUCAUCAGUUUAUGAAAAUGUUUCUUUUCAGCAGUGCAUCGCUAAGGGGUUUUAUACAACGUUCGUUUCCUCUCCUUUUACCCCUUUCUCUGUUACUUGCAAACUUUCAACAGAAGUUUUCUUACAACAUGGCAUGGGUUUUGUUGGUAUUUUGCUGUAUGUUUAAGGUCACGAGUUGCUACGUGAUGAUUUAAUUUGACUUGUGAAGUUUGUACACUUUUUAUCAUGCUGGUGUUGGCAUCUCUUGCUCUGAAUAAAUCUUGUGUUGCAACACUGCUUACGACCC